CCCGGAGACAGCAGUAGAUCACCGGAUCUGAAAAAUACCUAUACAAUGUGGCAAAGAUACACAUGUUCAGUUGUUUUUUGAAGUAGUUGGCUACUUGGCUGUUCUAAAAGCAAAACAAACUUGACUCCUUAAUCCAAGUCUCUCUACUUGAAAUCGAUAAAUUGAAAUUUUACUCGCACGCACAUGCAUUACAUGUACAUAUACAGAGACGCACCCUCCAUUGAAACAUCGCACACAAAGCCUUCCAAGGAUGGCUUAGUACUUCACUAAUCCAGAAUCUCGAAAAUUUCUACGAUUUCGGGGAUAUUCAUUUACAGAGGUUUAACGAGAAUGGCAGGUAGAAGACUGAGCCAAGCAUUUUACACAUUAUUAGUUGUUUGCAAUCUGAUCAAGUUUGGUAGAGGAGUUGACUUCCCUUAUGUCACUCGUUUGGUGAAUCUCACUUAUCUUCAUUAUGCAGUGAGACAAGGAGCAGUCUGUUUAGACGGGAGCCCGCCUGCAUAUCAAUUUGACAAAGGAUUUGGUGAUGGGGUUAACAACUGGCUCGUCUUUCUUGAGGGAGGAGGAUGGUGUGACACAACUGAGGAUUGCUUGAAUAGAAUCUUGCUUAAUGGCAUGGGUUCUUCUACAAACAUGUUUCCAAAGAAUUUCACGGGAAUGACAUCUAAUGAACCCUCACUCAAUCCUUACUUUUACAACUGGAACAGAGUCUAUGUUAGAUACUGUGACGGCGCUUCAUUUACUGGUAACAAUGUUGACCCCGUCCACAAACUCCACUAUAAAGGAGCCAAGAUUUUCAAUGUUAUUGUAAAAGAUUUACUAGCUAAAGGAAUGAAGAAUGCAUCAAAUGCACUUCUUACGGGCUGCUCAGCAGGGGGAUUAGCUGCAACACUAAAUUGUGAUAAAUUUCGAUCUCUUCUGUCUACCAGUACCCGUGUUAAGUGUGCUUCUGACGCUGGUUACUUCCCUCACCUGAAAGAUGUUCUAGGAGGCUUCAGUUUUGCGAAGUACUUUGAUAAUAUUGUUAAAUUACAUGGUUCUGCUAAGAAUUUACCCAAGUCUUGUACAUCAAAAAUGAAGCCAAGGAGUUUGUGCUUUCAUCCCCAGUACAGUCUUCCAUAUGUUCAAACGCCUGUUUUUAUCAUAAAUUCGGCAUAUGAUACUUAUCAGAUUGCAAACAUUUUGGCACCAAACAUAACCAAUCUGCCUAAAUCUUGGGAGACUUGCAGAAGCAACACGACAACGUGUUUGACGCCUGAUCAUGUGGAAACAUUAAAAGAGUUCAGAUUGGGAUUUCUGGAUGCAUUGCCGAAACUAGGUAAUAGCUCAUUCAGAGGAAUGUUCAUAACUUCGUGCCUAAUUCACUGCCAAUAUCAUCUUCAACAAAGUUGGCAUGGGGAUGAUCCCCGUUUUCGUCUUCAUAACAAGGCAAUAUCAGAGGCACUUGGGGAAUGGUACUCUGGUAAAGCUGCACUUCAGAUAAUCGAUCAUGAAAACGAUUUGCCCAGAGUGUGUUUAACUUUGUGAUCUUGAAGUACAUUCUACCUUUAAUGAACUAUUUUGUUGUGAAUUACUACUGUAUAAUGUAAAUUGUGCAAGGACAACCUUCUUUUAUAAAUCAUUAUCCAAUUCUUAAAAAUACUUUGGAGACUUGCAGA